AUGCGCCGCUACCUGGGACAACAUUUACCACAGAGCUCCGCGUGCGCACGCGCCCAGAUACCUCCACCGGCAUCAUGCGAAGCAGCCCAACCCGUGCAGCGGCUGGACCUCGGCGACAUCCAAUCAACGACGGGAUUAGCCUCACGUAACUCGCGAGAGGCGGGGUGUGAGCUAUCUGAAAUCCAUGCAUCUCAAAAUGUUUCUCCUGAUGUUCUUCUGGAGCACUUCAUGCCUUCUUCCUGCCUUGUUUGUUCUGACUCAUUCACUUCAUCGAGUGAUAAUGUGGCAACAACUGUUCAAAGGGCCGACAGUGUUUUAAACACAGCUGUUCUUAAAGAACAGAUUCCAGUAGAUAUUCCAAUUGCCAUUCUGAAUCUAAUUGAAGACAAGUCUUUAGUCACAUCAGCCAUUGCUUUGGGUGAUGCUGAGAUACAGACAACAAAAGAAUCAAAGAAUGACCUUCAACAAACUAUUACAAGUUUAGAAAUUAAUCUUGGCACUGAUGAAAAAUUUAUCAUUAGAAAGAAAUUAGAAUAUUUACUAGAGAAAUACAAUAUUCCAGAAAUGGAUUUCUUGAAUGAAAAACAAGAAAAAGUCAUUUCACAUCAAGAUGAUUACAAGAUGCUUCAGGAAAUAUUGUGUCUUUCUCAUGGGGACCUAGCAGAAGUCCUGUUUGAGGAUUCAGAGAAAUUGCAGAAGAAAUUAAUUGGGGAUGUUGAUAUUUUACUGGAGAAAAGCACUGGGUCUCAGCAUAUUUCCUUGGUGCUGCUGCAGUCUACAGUUCAACAGCAAGAAGCAGCUACUGAAAAACAGUAUAUAUUGACAAUUGAAAAACACUCUCACAAAUGUGAAGAACUUAAUGCUCAGCAUCAAAGACUUCUUGACAUCUUGGAAGCAGAGAAGGAAGUAUUAUCAGAAAAGAUAAAAGAAGCUUUGCUGCAACAGUCACAAAAACAUAAGGAAGUGCUUGACAAAUGUUUGGAUGAGGAAAAGAAAAGAAGUAAGGAGACUCUGGCAGCUGUGGCAAAGGCUGAAAAAGAAGUAGUGCAGGAAGCUAUUCUGAAAGCAGUAGAGGAGGAAAGGAGAAAUAUGGAGAAGAUUCAUGCAGAAGAAAGGAAAAUGUGGGAAGCAGAAUGUGACUCACGCAAAGAGAAGAUUGCCCAGGCUGUUCUGGAAGCCAUGCAAGAACAAAGAAAACAUGAUCAAGACAUUGUCAGAGAAGCUUUAAUGGAAGAGCAAAAACGAAGUCAAAAGGCAGUCGAAGAAGCUGUGAAAAGGACAAGAGAGGAACUGGUGGAAUAUAUUAAGGAACAGAAAAGGCUUGAUCAGGUUGUCCGUCAGAGAAGUCUGUCUAGUUUGGAACUUUUCCUCUCAUGUGCACAGAAACAAUUAAGCACUUUAUUAAAGGAAGAGCUUGUCACUGCAGAAGAAAAGAGGGAGUGA